AUGGCGCCCUCGAAAGAACCGGAGAAGGAACCCGAAGUUCCCCUUCACUCCAUCAGCCGAACACCAGAGUACGAGGAUUUCAUGAACAAGCUGAAAGCAUACCACAAUGAGCGCGGCACUACUCUUGAGGCCGAGCCUAAGGUCGGGCCGGUCUAUCUCGAUCUGUUCAAGACAUACACCCACAUCUGCGAGAAUGGCGGUUACGACAAGGUCUCCGAUGAAAAGCUAGCCUGGCGGAGGAUGGCAGAACAGUUGGGCAUUCACUCUUCCAACGUUGCGUCGACUGCCUUUUCCCUGAAAGAAAAGUACUAUAAGAAUCUUGCUGCCUAUGAAAUCAAGUUUCAUCAUGGCAAAGAGCCUCCCCCAAAGGACAUCUUGGAGGAUGUGUCAGCCAAGGGUGGAGGUCUGUUGAUGCGUACAAGGGAGAACUUCCGCGGCAAGCGCGAAAGCGGCACUGUUGGAGACUCUGCGGCGGCCUCUGGCGACGAUGCCACCCCUUCUCGAGAGCGGCCGACCCCAGACGCCCCCGCUCCUUCAAGCGUCAGAGCCUCCCGAGGUUUACGUGAAGCCCCCCCUCAGAGAGUCAUCUUCCAGCCGGACACCGGCCCGUCUAGGCCGACGCGCCAUGCUUCCGGUCAACAGCCUGGCCAUGUAGGAACGCCUACUUCUGCGGGUCAGCCCGGUGCUCACCAUGCCCUCCCGCAACAAGUACAACACACUCCAGUUCCUCUUCCGCAUCAACCACGUGCGGCUCCAAGGGGACCAAGCAGCAGCUUCAACCCUGCCAAUAGUGAAAACACGUCAUCGGCACUUGACGUUUACAUCCCCAGAUCGUUGCAGCCGCCGCAGCAGCAGCAGGUCCUUGCCAUGCGACCAGUUGAGACUCCCAGCAAUAAUCCCGGAGAAUUUGCCCGGCGCCGGCAGGUGGCUCGUUCUCUUCUGGAGCCGCCUCGCCGUACGGGACCCCAUCCCGGUGUUGGAUUCGAGGGCCCGAACAUCUACAUCCGCUGCCUGAUGGCUCUGCGCUCGAACAUCUUCCAGGAGCAACAAUUUGCUCUGUACCAUCUGGUCAAGAUUUCGUACGAACGGCAUGACAAAUUCAAGUUCGAGGGCUUCCCCGGUCUCAGCGAAGGCUUGGUCGAAAAGGUUCUGGAGAUUGGCAGCUACUUUUACGACAUCAAGUGGAAGGUUUCUUGGACUUCUCACUUGGCCGCCGACAGAAUCGACAUUCUUGAUGGUAACGAAGGCACCGACGAUAUCCUCGAGCGCAUCGAUACCUUGGAGCCCAAGCAGCUCAACGAACUCAUUGUCCCCGCAGAGCUUGCCGACAGGAUGGUAUUGAUUAACGAAGCCGCCUUGACGCUGAGAAACAUGUCGCUCCUUCGCGAGAAUGCUGCACACCUGGCUGAUUUCCUACCGAUCAAAGACCUCAUCUGCAUCGUCUUGAGCCUUCCCAAACACGAGUGGGUCGUCGAGUUGAAGCAUGCCAUGCUCGAUAUUGCCGAGUCGCUUACCCCGUACCUGGAGAUUGACUCUCGAGAUCCCUUGUAUAAGGUCCUCAUGUGGCAGCUCCGUGACUCCGACGACCGCGGCGUGAUCCUCACGUCUCUUCGCGCUCUUGGUCGCAUUUCGAUGAACUUCGAGGCCACCAACAAGCUGGACAAGGUCCCGUCUGUCGUUUUGACCAAGAUCAGCGAGUUAAUGUUGCUUAACGACGACGAGCUCAUGGAUGCCUGUCUCGAUUUUCUCUAUCAGUACACUGCCGUUGUCAACAAUGUCGACAACCUCGUCAAGUCGCUCAACUGCGAGCAUUUGGUCCAGCACUUGGUUCGCCUGCUAUCGCACAAUGCCAGACGCUGGCAGCACGAGACGUCUCUGCGGCCUGCGAUCAAGCCAGCUCAGACAGACGACCCUGCUGCCAUGCCUGAAGACCUGCUGCAGGAGCUCCUUAAACUCGAAGAACCUGAGCGAUGUAACCAAUGGGUCAAGUGCUUUUUCGAGGAAGAUAAGGACUCCUUCGUCACGCAGAUCGCGGCCUGGCAGGCAUACCAGACCGCAUUCAAGGCUGCCUUGCAAGCUAAAGGCCAACCGCUCAUCACUCCAGCUGACUUUAUUAGGAACAGCUGCUCUGUCUACAAGGGCUCAAAGGCUGAAGUGUGGCAUGGCUCGGGCGCUCCCGGUGAGAUGCAACAGAAGUUUAUUAUACACGGCAUCCGCUGCAGGACGCAGCCCGUGGGCCUUGACGGCAAGGUCUUCCUCCGUUGUCUCUGGGACUCGUCGAGCGGCCGACCGAACGAGAAGUGCGGCCAUUUCUUUGGAUCGAAGGAGACCAUGUGGAACCACGUCGUCUCGACACAUCUCAAAUGGACUCGUAACGAGGAAGGCGCAUUUGACAACAGCGAAGAAGAGGUUCGGUGUCAAUGGGCUGACUGCACCAAGUACGCGAAGGCAACCAAGAUCAAGCGCGCCGAAAUGGGCCAUCACCUCCAGACACACUGUUGCCAAAUCUUCAAUGGAAUCGAAAUCAACAAGAACAAGUCUCUUCCCGGAUCCCAGCCUGGCGACACCAUGGUCUUCCAGUACGAAGAGACGGCCGCUAUCCAUGACGAGCAGAACCCCGCCGCGGGCCCCCAGGCUGCUGGCAUUCCUCUCAGCGCGGUGCUCAUCCUUCGCAAUAUCGCCCGCAACGUCGUCAAGACCCCUGCCCAGGAGGAUCUCCUCAAGUUGCACGAGCUUGGAGGCGAAGGCGGCGGCUGGAACGAGCGUCUGUUCCGCACUCUACUUCCCCGUCUUUACGAGAUCAUGAGCGAGAACAAGAUUCUGGCACCUUACAUCGUGUCCCUCAUCCGGUGGGUUGAGUCGGAGAGAGACUUGUAG